ACACACAAUCUACCACAAAAUACUAGUGUGUGAUUUAAUUCGACAUUUUCGUUCUUUUCCGCGUUAAUGCACUUCUUUCCUUUUGUAAAAGUGUAGACAUCACUUACAAUGUUUCAGAGCAUGCCUAUGUCUCAACUUCCUGUACCGCCCACAACUUCUACGUGUAUAUUAGCUCGGUGGACGAAGUUUGGGCGAUUGUAAUGAAAGUCUGUCGUCACAGACUUUGUAAGCUCGAAAGCCAUAUCGUCGUCAAACAGCGAUGGCCCUUGCUAUAGUGCAUCGUUUUAUAACUCCUAAGGUCUUCGUUUUGUUGAUCAUAACUGUGGAAUGGACAGUAUUUAGUUUCGAGGCUAAGAGGAUACGGCGCAACGUGGAAAGUCCCCCUAAGUCUAUCCACGUUAGUUAUGUGACUGGGGAGUCAGCAAAAUUGAAAUAUAAAUCAAAGGUUCUUGACUUUGACAAUGCAUUGAAGAGGUCACAUUGGGAGAAAAAUGCUUCCCUCAUCUCAAGAACAGACAAGAUAUCUUUUGGAAUCAACAAGAAUAAGAGGAAGUUUUGGUUGAAGAUCAAGAAAGUGGAUGUCCAUGAUUCAGGGAUAUAUUCAUUUGUAGUAAAUGGUACAGUUCUUAGGCUAUGGCAGCUGAACAUCCAAGUGGCAGAUUCUUCUCUGGAUCCCUGUGGAUGGCCGUUUCAUGAAAUAGUCACAUCUUGUGUGCCAUUCAGUAGGCAGUCCCACCCAAAUUGCUUAUCGUUCCCAGGAAAAUCAUUGAAUGUUCAAGGCGCUUAUCAUCUUUAUAACGGAAUACCCAUCAUUCAAGUUAACUGGACAGCACCCAAUACAGGUUUUGGUGAUUUAUGGGGCUAUCAGGUGUAUAUUUCUGGAAAAGAAGGAC